CUAAACUCUAUCUCUGUCAGUGUGAGCAGCAAAAUGGCUGAAGCUGGAGUUUUACUAGAUCAGGACCAGUUGCACUGUGCGAUCUGUCUAGAUCUGCUGAAGGAUCCGGUGACAAUUUCCUGUGGACACAGUCACUGUAUGGGAUGUAUUAAGGGCUACUGGGACCAGCAUGAUCAUACUGGAGUCUACAGCUGUCCCCAGUGCAGAGAGACAUUCACUCCAAGGCCUGUUUUAAGAAAAAAUACCACGCUAGCUGAAGUGGUGGCAAAACUGAAGAAGACAGGACUCCAAGCUCUUCCUCCUGCUCACUGUUACGCUGGACCUGGAGACGUGGCGUGUGAUGUCUGCACUGGGAGAAAGGGCAAAGCCGUCAAGUUCUGUCUGGUGUGUCUAGCCUCUUAUUGUGAAACUCACCUCCAGUCUCAUUAUGAAUCUCCUCCUCUUAAGAAGCAUAAGCUGGUCAAAGCUGCUGGAAACCUGCAGGAAAAGAUCUGCCCUCAUCAUGACAAACUGCUGGAGAUUUACUGCCGUACCGAUCAGCAGUGUAUCUGUUAUCUGUGUACGAUGGAUAAACACAAAGGCCAUGAUACAGUCUCAGCUGCAACAGAAAGGACUGAGAAACAGAAGCAGUUGGGGGUGACACAGAGUAAAUUUCAGCAGAGAAUCCAGGAGAGAGAGAAGGAGCUGCAGGAUCUGAGACAGGCUGUACAGUCGCUCAAGUGUUCUGCACAGACAGCAGUGGAGGACAAUGAGAGACUCUUUACUGAGCUGAUGUGCUCUAUUGAGAGAAGGUGCUCUGAGGUGAUAGCGCUGAUCAGAGAUCAGGAGAAGGCUGAAGUGAGUAGGGCUGAAAAACUCCUCAAGCAACUGGAGCAUGAGCUUGCUGAGCUGAAGAGGAGAAAUGCUGAGCUGGAGCAGCUUUCACACAUAGAGGAUCACAUUAAUUUCCUCCAGAACUGUCAGCCUCUCUGUGCCCCUGAUGUACCUGGAAACUUAUCCACUUUCAGUCCACACGUCUCCUUUGAAGCUGCAGUCAAAUCGAUUUCUGAACUGAAAGAGCAACUGGAGGAUUUUUGCAAAAGGGGAUUACUGAAGAUCACUGAAUCAGUGAAAGAGGUUGAUAUUCUGCAAAUUCCGCAACCCGCAGUUAGAGAGGAGUUCUUACAGUAUUACUGUCAUCUCACACUGGACCCCAUCACAGCUUAUUCAAAACUGUCUCUGUCCAAGGGGGACAGACAUGUGACCCGUGUCAAAGAGAGCCAGUCAUAUCCUGAUCACCCAGCCAGAUUUGACUACUGGGAGCAAGUGCUGUGCAGAGAGGGUCUGUCUGGACGCCAUUACUGGGAGGUUGAGUGGAGUGGGAAUGGGGAUGUUUAUAUAGCAGUGUCAUAUGAAGGGAUAAUGAGGAAAGGAUGGGGUCAUGAUGCUCUCUUUGGAUAUAAUGACAAGUCCUGGAGCCUGUGGUGCUCUCCUUCCAAAUAUUAUUUUUAUCACAAUAUGACAUGGACCACACUCCCUACUGCUCUCUUCUCCAGAAUAGGAGUGUACCUGGAUCACAGGGCUGGAACUCUGUCCUUCUACAGCAUCUCUCACACAAUGACCCUCCUGCAUAGAGUCCAUACCACAUUCACUCAGCCCCUCUAUCCUGGGUUCUAUGCUAACACUGCAGGGUCUACCAUUAAACUGUACACAAGUUCCUUCACCAGUCCCAGUUUCCCCGGCACCUACGCUAACGUCCAAGUGCCUGUGGGACGCGUGGUAACCGUCACCUUCGCCCAGAUCAGCAUUGACGACCCCGGGGACUGUCAGAACAAACUCCUGAAGCUCUACGACGGGCCGGACGCCACUGGCCCACCUGUGGGACCCUACUGUGGUGCUGAGACCAACAUCGCUCUGUUCACCGCCUCCUCCUACCAAGUCUUUAUCCAGUUCCAGGGACAGUACACCACCAUGCCCUCUGGAUUCAGACUCACCUGGAGCAGCUGA